GGCCCGCCGCCUGCCUGAGGCGCUGCCCCUGAGCCGUCAGUCAGGACCGGACCGACUGUUCCGACUUUCCCGAUUGUCCCGAUUGUCCCGACUGUCGAACCAUGCAUCAUGGAAGACUGGUGGACCUCUAAUAAGGAAAUUAUUAGCUCCGGUUAUGUUCGUUUUACUAAAUAUUGCUGUGAACAGGGUCGUGCAAAAUCUAAAAGAUGUUCUCCAAGCAAGCCAAAAUCGGCUCCUGACAUCUGCAAAACCUGGUGCAGCAAACCACUUCAAGUCCUGCAAGAUUACUGUGAUAUCAUUAAAAUAUACAUUUUUUGGCCACUUCUCUUUCAACUUGAGCAUAUGAAUUAUAUAGAUUUCAGCAAAUCUGUCCACUCUGAGUUAAAUUUGAAGAAAUUGCAACAGAUUGAGGUGCUGGAAGAAAUUGUGGAUCUGGGUAAGAAAGUUGCGGAUGAUCAGUUUUUUAUUGGUGGCAUCCUGAAAAUUGGCUCCAAAAUAGAAGACAGGGCCCCUGUAAUCGAGGAAACCUUUAACUGGGUGAAAUACACAGGCGAAUUUAAAGUCCUACAUAAAUUAGAAAAAUUUGGAGAUUACAGUUGGCCAAUGUUAGAAAUUUUCUUUACUGAAUACAAAUAUUAUAUAACCAAAGUUGCUCUGGAAGACUGCAAUUUAGUUGAAGAGUUUGGAUCUCAGAACUGCGAUUCCUGUACAAGGAAAGGAGAAAUGAUGAAAGAGAGAGGAAAUGAAGAAUUCUCCCAAAAGAAGUUUGAUUUAGCAAUCCUUUUCUACACCAGGGCAAUUAACUUUUGCCCAGAAAAUCACCUUCUUUACAGUAACAGAGCUCUUUGUUUUCUUCGAAUUGGACAAUACAAGAGAGCCCUUGCUGAUGGAAAGAGAGCUACUAUUCUAAAGCAUAAUUGGCCAAAGGGUCAUUACCGUUUCUGUGAUGCACUCUCAAUGAUGGGGGAACAUGAACAGGCCCUAGAAGCAAAUGAAAGGGCCCAAAAACUCUGCAGAAAUAACCCUGAAGGAACUAAGGAUCUUAUUCAGCAGAACAUAAAGUUAAGAAAAGAAAUGGAAGAACUAAAAGGUGCAAAACAAAGUAAGUAUCGAAUGAAGAAAUCACUUCAUGAGAAAAGAUUAGCUUCAGAUUGUGGUUCUAGAGGGCCUGGGUUUUGUCCUUCACGUAAUCCAAAGGAAACAGGCAAUGAAAAAAGAAGGUUCAUAUCAGAAUCAAAAGAUCAUAGUUGUCAUCAGAAGAAGGAUAUAAAGGUGGCUCCUGAUGUCCUGAAUUCAGAAAAACACGAGUCUCUUUUGGCGUUUCCAACAGGUCAUAAUCAGAAAAAUAAAGGAAAAGCAAAAACUAGUAGCUGUGAUUCUGAAAAGACUAGAGAACAACUGAGUUCUAAGAUAGAUUCUAAAAGCAAUUAUGAUAAGCAGAAGAGUAAAUCUUUGAAUUCUACACAAAAGGUGGGUUUGCUUGAGUUAACAGAAAUGCUGAAAUCCCUUUUCCAAGAUGGUUAUACAGCCUUAAUGGACCAGCGUUGCCGUGGUGCUGAACAGGCCUUUUCACAUUUGUUAAAAAUUUUAGAUCCCAAGGAAUUAAAGCAAAUGAAUCUUGCCAUCACUGACUACCUCAUCAUAAUAUAUGGAUAUGCCACUGCUCUUCUUGGAAUAGGACAGCCUGAGGGAUUAUCUGAAGCUGAAAACCAGUUUAAAAGAAUCCUGGAGCAGUACUCCAGUGAGGGUUACGAUUGCUUGGCAUAUUAUGGAAUCGGGAAGGUUUAUUUGAGAAAAAACAAAUUUUCAGAUGCUAUUUAUCAUUUUGAGAAAUCAAAAACCAUGAUUAAAUUUAUUCCUGGAGUAUUAGUGUGGCCCACCACUUCUGAGAUUAUUGAAGAGUCUCAGUCUGAGAGAUUACAAUCAAUACUAGAGAAUUAUAUAGAGGAAUGUAAGUUCCCUCCAGAACCAGAUGCUGUGUGUUCCUAUCAAAAUUGCCAUGGACAUUCCAAAAUCCAGAUAUAUUUAACUGAUCCAGAUUUUAAGGGCUUUAUACGUAUCAACUGCUGCCAAUUGUGUAAAAUAGAAUUUCACAUUAGCUGCUGGAAGAAGUUAAAAACAACUUUCAAUGAUAAAAAUGACAAGGAUUUUCUUCAAGACCCGUGUCUUACCCCUGACUGUGGAGGAAUCAUUUCCAAGAUUAUUAUCUUUGGUUCAACUGGCCAAAUUAAAUGUGAAUUUGAACAUAAAGUUGUGAAAGAAAGGGAUCCACCAAGACCUGUAGUGAAACAGAAGUGUUCCAGUCUAGGGAAACUAAGAAUUAAAGAAGAUAAAAAAUCAAAGAGAAAACUUCGAAAAAAAGAAGCAAAAUCUUUAGCAAACGAAAGAAUGGAAGAGAAAUCAAGUGAAAAUAACUCAUCUAAACACAGUGUCCAUAAAGGCUGUGUUCAAAGUUGCCAAGUUAUUGAUGAUAGAGUUCUGCAUUGUAUAAAGGAAAAUGCUGAAAAACUUAAAUUUGGGGUACAAGACACAUCUAAACUUCUGAGUGAAUUGCUUUCUUGGUGGGUAAUAAGCAAGGAGGAUUAUACUGAACGCUCUUCUAGUCAUCUACCUAAUGAAACCAUGGAGCGCAUUCUCUGUCACUUGUUCCAGAACCAGAACAGAGUCAAGACAAGAAUUUUUCUGCAUGUAUUGAGUGAGCUUGAAGUUGUAGUUGACCCCAAACUACAUGAGUGGAUUCAGAAGCUCAAUAAUUUUGGCUUGGAUGCCACAGAAGCUUUUUUUUCCCGUUAUGGAGAGUCUAUUAGAGAGCUCAAAUGCAGCAUCAUCACUGAUCUUUGGAAUGAGAAAUAUGGUCGUAAACUAGACCUUCUGCUCCCCAAUUGUGUAGAUGGAGAAAUUCUUGAAUACUUCCAUUCGUCAUCCUUGAAGGAAGCUCGCUGCCUAAUAUGGCUAUUAGAAGAGAAUAGAGAACAAUUUCCUACUCUACAUCAUACUUUAGAUGAAUUUUUUGAUAUAAUGGAUGGGCCCUGUACUAUAUUAAGGAAACAAGAAAAUGAAGAUGCCUCAACUACUGGUAUAAAGGUAAAAAACAAAAACCGGAAAAAGAAGCAAAAAGGAUCAAAGCCUGUUUUCCCGCUGUCUGGAGUUGGAGGAAUAAUACAGGAUGAUGACAGUAUUUUUACAGACGAAAAUCCUCUAUCUUUUUUGAAUUCUUGUGAUCCGUUUGUAGUUCCUGCUAACCUUCAAAAUGAGAUAGAAGAAUUUGAAGCGCUCUAUGAGAAAAAGAUUUCUAAUAGUCAUCAUUAUCAGAGACUAUUGGAUAAUAAUCCAGAUCCAAAAUGUGAAACACUAUAUGACUAUUUCUCUCAAAUCCUGGAGGAACAUGGUCCCCUGGAAAUUACAGACGAGUUAUUGAUUGGCGAAUAUGAACACUUCCCUGAAGAAACUCGGAAGCUUGUCGAAGAAGCAGGGGGAUUGAAGUCUUUUCUUUUGAGAUCUCUUCGUUUUGUUAUGUUUAACGACUUCAUUGGACUGAUGAAAGAUGCAGUUGUCCUGAAGGAAAAGGAAGAGUACAUGUUCAGUCCAUAUUUUGAAGAACACUCUUCACCAGUCAAACCUGUACUGAAUCCAGCUGCAAAGGAAUUCAAGCCAAUCUCCCAUAACUGUAGUUCUUAUAUACCAAUGUCUGAGGCUAUUAAAGAAAACUAUCAGACUGAAAAAUAUGUGGACCCAGGACACCCAUCAGCUUUUCCUUUUAAUUAUAGCGUUGAUCACAGAUUUGACAUCAAUGAAGAAUCGAUGUUUUGUUUAAAUCUAUUACCAUAUUCACCUGCCCUUUCAAAUUUCUACACACCUUCUGAGUAUCAACUGGAAAAAAUAGUACCAGUAGAGGCAGAUAGGACAACUGUUGUUGACACUAUUAGACCAAAUAAUGAUGAUGAUUAUACUGAUCGCAAUGCUCUUCAUUUCGAUUCAGAAAAAGUAAAAGAGAGAGUCUUAGAAAGAGAGAACAUUUCUGGAAGGAUGGUUCCUAGUGAAACACAGAUAUCUCAGCACCCUCAGGAUAUAACAGCGAAGUCAGACAACUGCAUUUAUAGAGAUGAUAAUACUCAACUGUUGGAUAGCAGUAAUGCUGGUCAUUAUAUUUCUACUAAUAAAAUGAAAACAGAGACUAAAAAUACGGCAUUGGUGAGAAAAAAUCCAACUCGAAUGAUUGCUGUGCAGGUAAAUCAGGACUUAACACAUCAGGCGGUUAAUACCAUGCCUUUUAAUCCAUUUGAAACCCAACAUGGGGAUAUUCUGCGAAUGGAAAAAGAACACCAGGUAUUACAAGAGCAACUGAGAGAAGCAAAUGAAAAAUAUACACAGUUAAAACACAGGAGCUCAGAAGAGAUUAAAGAUUUGGAAGAAAAAUUGAAAGAGCUCUCUGAAAAAAAUAAGAUCUCAAAGACUGAAUUGGAAUGGAUGCACCAGGACAUGGAAAAAGAACUGAAAAAAUGGCAACAGGAAAAAAAAGAAAAUCAGGAAAAAUUAAAAGGACUGAAGAGUAAAAUAAAGAAGGUUGUAGAGAGCAAUGAGAACUGCUUAAGGACCAUCGAGGAAAAGGAUCAGCAGUAUGAAAUGCAUUUGAAUAAAUUCCUGGAGAUCAGUAAUCAAUUUGAAAAUGAGAAAGUGAAAAUGGAGGAACAUAUAAAGAAGGGAAAAGAUAAUUACCAGGAGAAUAAUAAAAGAUCUGUGGCAGCAGAGGUAUCGGUCCUGAAAAACUGGAAGGAAAAAGAAGUGAGCAAGUUGUUCAACAGAGUAUCAGAAGUAGAAAAAUAUCUUAAGCAACUAAAGUUAAUGAACAGUGAUUCUUCUAAAGUGAAGCCUGAGGUAGCUACUUGGGAGUUGUUUCUUUCAAAAAUUAAAAGAAUAAUUGAGGAAACAAAGGCUCAGUUUGAAGAUAGAAUUCAGAAGAUUCAGAGUGGUUCCCCGCUUGUCGGACUUUCUAAAGUGCAAAUUCCUGAUCUUUCAACUCCUUCCAGUAGUUCAACACCUCUAGUCAUGCUUCCUAUUAACGAUCCAGCCAUUGUAAUGUAUUCUCCACAAAUUCAUCCUAAAUUACUUCCUAAAUAUCCGCACCCUGAAGGUCAAAGUUCAGCGAAUCUUCCACAUCCUGUACAAACUGGAGUCCAAACCACGACACGUAAAGGCUCAAGCCCGUAUACUGCCACUGAUAGCUCCAUGGUGAAACCUGUGCAAAGAAAUUAUCUGGAUCCAGCUGUUCCCACCCUGCCUCCAGUGACUACUAGGAGUCCUGAUGUCCAAGUGAAUCACAGCCUAGCAGCUGACUGUCUGUCACCUCCGCAGAAGCCAUUUGAAGCCAUUUUUAGAAAUCUGGCAGUGAUGUUCCCCAACUACAGCAGUAGUGAGUUUCUCACUUUUAUAAAAGAAGUUCAGGCCCAAAACAAGGGCACACUUUCAGGAUUGACCUCGGUUGAAAUCACCAGGAGAGUGACAGAUCUCAUCCUGGAUGAGCCACGUAAGAACAAGGCCGGAAAAGAUAGGGCGGCGGCGGUAUUUGUGGCGAAUGACCCUGGCCGAAGAUCUUCGGAAGGAAACGUGUUGGUCUCUGGCUCCUCCAAGACCAGACUUGUUUCUAGCAAAAGCCCCAGCCGCCCACCUCGAGGCCAGCCCUGGGUGGUAGUUGCGCCAACCAAGACCAAGUGGCAGAAAUCAAGAGAGUCCACUACAUCCGAUGAAGAUCCCUGUAUCAUCUGUCACGACGAACUAAAUCAGGGCGUCCUUUGCAAACUGGAAUGUGGGCAUCAGUUUCAUAAACAGUGUAUUGACCUCUGGCUAAAAGAACAAAACACAUGCCCAACCUGCCGGAAACAUGUCCUGCUACCAGAGGAGUUUCCAGCUCUUUCUUCAGGAAGGAAGCCCACCUAAAGCACGCUCAGCUGAAGCCUGGGGUUUUAAAUAUUUUAUUGCUGUACUUUAAUAAUCAUGGUAUGUAUUGACAUAAAUUGAAUUGUAGUGGUGCAGUAUGAAUGAAGAUAUACUCCUAUUAAUGAAUAUAUUGAGUAACUAACCACGUUUUCAAAUCUAUUAGCCAUAAUAAAAUAGAGGGGGAAAUAGUGACUAUAGACAAACUUUAAAUUGCCUCAGCUGCAUCACCACCCUACUCAGUUGUGGAAAAGACAAUGCCUAGUAGCCUGGAGAGGCAAGGGUCCCUUUACCGUGACUUGAACCAAAGGGAUUGCUCUGCUUCCUUUUGGAGUUCUAAGGAGAGAGAAGUCCCAGUCAGUGCAAAGUUUUCCCAUUUUUGUAUACAUCCCAUGUGCUCCCCAAUUCCAUUUAACUUCCAUUUCCUGAAACAAACACAAAGGAGCAGCGAUGGUAAAGGUACCUUCUCUGUCAAAGGUCACUCUGGAUUCGGGGGUAAUGACUGUUCUGGGCUUUGGGCAGCCUCCCUGUCUCCUUGAGCCUCCCCACGCCACGGAAAAACGUUGAACAUCAGCUCUAUUGGCAGAGGCUGGUCUUGGAUUGUGGAAAGAGACUUUCUUAUUAAUGAUUUGUUCCCUGUUUCUACCCCAACAGCAGACCUAAAAGUAUAAAGAAACUGGCUUUGUUAGUAGUUGGCAUUCCCCCUAUCAAAACCUGUGAACUGCUCUCUUUGCAAUUUAUUCAGUUUUUACCUUUCCCUUUCAUACCCCAAACAAUCCUCCAAUUUUUUUUUUAUUUUGUUCUACUUAAUGAAUUUCAAACACUCUCUAUCUCUUCCUUUCCCCCACCUUGGACUUACUGAGUUGGAACUAGAUGGAAUGUGUGAUUCCCCUAGCCUAAUUUCACUUAAUGCCACGUCCAACCCAUAUCACUGCCACAGUGCCGUCAACCAGGCCUAGGCUCAAAAUUGUUAAUCAGUCUUACAGUUUGUAUUCAGUUCUUACAAUUAACUCCCCUCUAGACUGUAAACUUGUUCUGGGCAGGGAAAGUGUCUACCAACUCUGUUAUCUUGUGCUCUCCCAAGCACACAGUAAGCACUCAAUAAAUACCAUUGGGUGGUUGAUAUUAUAAUCAAACAUAGCAGUGCAUUUUCACUUUAGUACCCUUCCCAAAAGUAUCAUGUAUCACUAAGUUCUAAAACCUAAUAGACUACUAAAACUUAAUUCUAGACCUUUGUCCUUUGUGGGACUGUUAUGGCGGGGUCACAAUACCAGUGAUUUUUUUUUACAUUCUGCCUUCCCCCUCAUGGGAAUCCACUUGUGAAUUGCUCUGUUCCAACCUUUAAUUUUCCAACUUUUACAUCUUUAGUCAUAGAAAAAAGGACUCAGCACCUAUAACAACUCACCAAAAACACAUAUCUCAGAACAGUAUCCUUGAGGAUAUUUGCCAGUUUCCUUCAUUCAUUCUCAGUCAAUCAGUGGUGUUUAUUGAGUGAUUUCUAUGUGCAGAGCACUGAGCUUUAUACUAGGUUGAUAAACCAUUGAACAUGCUUAAAAUUUAAUACAGUAAUUCAAAUAAUGUCACAUUAGUAAAUAAUUGUAAUAUGAUUAUAUGUCUCUGCAGGAGGCUGUAGAAAUAGAAGCGUGUUCUCUUUGCUGUGAUCGUGGCUUUUUUAACUUAAAUGGAGAAUUUAUCUAGUAUAGGGUGAACAGCCUUCUUUCCUUAAAGCGCCAUGUAGAAUGUUAAUGUCUUUUGAAUAGCUUUGUGGACCUUUAGUGUCGUCUCCUGUAUCCUUUAAGGUGGUCUUCACUUACAAGUUUAUCUGCAUUCUUGAAACUAGAAAAUGUUAAGAUGGGGCUGUUUAGGGGAUGGAAUUCUGGCUACCGUUGUGCCCGGUCAAGGGAAAACUUCUCAGGAUGUGGGAAGUUCACUCCCUGGACAGGAGCAGUUUGGAUUGAGCACUGUAUCAGCCACUGACCGGUAGGGUUGGGGGAAUCACAAAAUAUUGUGCCGUAAAUGAUCUGUGAAGAAGCAAAUGUAUUUCGUUGUAAAACUUUGGGUAGACAAUGGUACCAUCUCCUUCCAAUAAAAUCUCUCGCUACCUGUCCCUUACCUGUGGAACGAGUUCGUAUUGCUUAGGAAAUAUGCUUGAUCUUUUGCUUAGAGCAGUCGUUAAUAAAUGAGUUGUGUUUUAA